AUGGCAAACACGUAUGACGAACUGUAUGUCCCUCUAAGUUAUUAUAUUCUACAUAAUGAAGGGAGCGAAGAGAGAGCGGGAAAGGAGCAUCUUAAUAAAAAAGGGAAGAAGCAAGUAAUUAACAAAUCUUCCCUAAUAAUCGAUAUAAAACCCUACGGGGAGGAUACAAAUUUAGACGACGUGUUAAAACUUGUAAAGGAUAUUGAAAUGGAGGGAUUAACAUGGGGCAAGGCUCAUAAGAAAACUCCAUUUGCUUUUGGUCUCUUUAAGCUACAGGUCACAUGUGUAAUUGUAGACGAUUUAAUUAACACAGAUGAACUGAUUGAAAUGAUAGAAAACGUAGGGUUAAGUGAGGACCAACUUAAAAAGAAAAAAGAAUUACAAGAACGAAUGGAAGAAGAUGAAGACAUAGACGAAGAAAUUGAAGGACUUGUUCAGUCCGCUGAAAUUAUUUCUUUUAAUAAAUUAUAG